AUGGCGAGCCCACCGCCGGUCACCGAGGACCAGACCCGCCUCCUCGAGGAGGCAUUGGGGGUGGUGAGGCAACAGUCGGCUUUGAUGCGCAAAUGCCUUGAGACUCCUGGCAAGCUCAUGGAUGCGCUCAAAUGCGGAUCGACUCUUGUCUCCGAAUUGCGAACCCCUAGCCUGGGUCCCAAGCAGUAUUAUGAGUUGUACAUGGCUGUUUUCGAUGCCUUGCGACACUUGUCCGUCUACCUUAAGGAGAACCACCCAGUCAACCACCUGGCCGACCUGUACGAGCUGGUCCAAUAUGCCGGAAACAUCGUUCCCCGUUUGUACCUCAUGAUUACCGUCGGCACCGUUUACAUGUCGGUAGAGGAUGCGCCAGUCAAGGAGAUCAUGAAGGAUAUGAUGGAGAUGAGCCGUGGCAUUCAGCACCCGAUCCGUGGCCUUUUCCUACGAUACUAUCUAUCUGGCCAAGCACGAGAUUACCUACCGUCAGGAACCGGCGAUGGCCCCGAGGGCAACCUCCAAGAUUCGAUCAAUUUCGUUUUGACCAAUUUCGUGGAAAUGAACAAGCUUUGGGUUCGGCUGCAGCACCAGGGUCCCUCCAGAGAGCGGGACCGACGGAUACAGGAGAGGCGUGAGCUUGAGCUUCUCGUUGGCAGCAAUGUCGUUCGACUGAGCCAGUUGGUCGAUCUUGAAGGAUACAAAUCUGGCAUCCUGCAGGCACUUCUGGAGCAGGUGGUACAGUGUCGAGAUGUACUGGCGCAAGAAUAUCUCCUGGAAGUGAUCACAAAGGUUUUCCCGGAUGAAUUCCACCUACAUACGCUGGACCUUCUGUUGUCCGCUAUUGCCCGACUCAACCCGCACGUCGAUCUGAAGAAAAUCGUCAUCGGAUUAAUGGACCGCCUGUCGACUUAUGCGACAAGGGACAACGAGUCAACGGCUGAGCCAGAGGCGCGUAAACAAAAUGAAGAAGAAGCUGUAACUCGGCUGUUGGCGAAGCUCGAGCUGGAUAAGAAGGAAAAGAAGCAUGUAGCUUCAGAAGCGGCCGUGCCAAACGUGACUCAGGAGAAUGGCACAGAAGAGUCCCCCAAGACCGAAGACUCCCCCGAAACGGAACAGAGCGAGAGUCAACAACAGGCUACGAACGGAGACGAUGCCAAACCAGCCAUUCCAGGAGAAGUCAAGCUAUACGAUAUCUUCUAUGAUCAGGUAGUUAAUCUGAUCAAGACGCGCGCAUUGCCCAUCCAAGAUACUAUGGCACUCCUGGUAUCUCUCGUCAAUCUGGCCCUGAACAUCUACCCCGAUGAACUGCACUAUGUUGAUCAGGUCCUCGACUUUGCCACUGAAAAAACCGCUGAAUAUACCGAUCACGCUGACCUGCAUUCGGCACCUACUCAACAGCAUAUCCUUCAUCUUCUCAGUUCCCCUCUUCGCUCCUAUGUUUCGAUCUUCACAGCCUUGGCUUUGCCACACUAUCUGCCUCUUCUGACAUCACAGUCAUACCCCACCCGGAGGGCAAUCGCAGGCGAGAUUGUUCGGAGUCUCCUCAAGAAUAGGACCCUGAUCACAACUACAGAAAACCUUGAUCGUGUGUUGCAGGUUGCCAGGGUUCUGAUCAAGGAGGGUCUGCAGCAGUCAGCUGGGUACCCAGGAGCACCAUCUCAGCGGCGCGGGGGUGAGACAGAUGAAACAAUUGAGGAGCAAGGGUGGCUCGCGAGAUUGGUUCAUCUGAUACAGGCACCCGAUAAUGACACUCAACUGAAGCUUCUUCAAGCAACUCGGAAAGCAUACAGCGAUGGCAAUGAGCGCAUCCGGUACACCACUCCCGCCCUUGUCACGGCCUCAAUUCGCUUGGCUCGUAAACUAAAGUCGCGCGAGCAUUACGAAGACAACUGGCAGACGCAAUCGUCCGCUCUUUAUCGCUUUUUGCACCAGUGCGUCAAUAACUUGUACCAACGGGUAAAUCCUGGGUGUGCAGACUUGGCACUCCGGCUGUUUGUGAUGUGCGGUGAAGUUGCAGACCAGACAGGUUUCGAGGAGGUCAGCUACGAAUUCUUCGCACAAGCAUUUACCAUCUACGAAGACGCGAUCAGCGACUCUCGGGCGCAGUUCCAGGCUGUGUGCAUCAUUGCAGGGGCCCUGCACGGAACCCGUGGGUUCUCUAAAGAGAACUACGAUACACUGAUCACUAAGGCCGCUCUCCAUGGAAGUAAGCUUCUCAAGAAGCCCGACCAGUGCCGCGCAGUGUACCUUGCAAGCCAUCUCUGGUGGGUAGUCGAGAAUCCCCAGCGCGAGGAAGAGGAUCCCAAGAAUCUCUAUCGCGAUGGAAAACGAGUUCUCGAAUGCCUCCAGCGUGCCCUCCGUGUUGCGGAUGCCUGUAUGGAUACAGCCGUUUCGGUGGAGCUCUUCGUCGAAAUUCUCAACCGCUACGUCUACUACUUUGACCAGCAAAACGAAACCGUCACUACUAAGUACCUCAACGGGCUGAUCGAGCUUAUUCACUCCAACCUGCAGACCAGUGAGGACGAACCCAACCCUAGCCUCGACGGCCCCAAGCGCCAUUUCGAGCGCACUCUGCAGUACAUCAGGUCCCGGGACUAUGAAGGCGUUGUGACUGAGCGGCAGUAA